AUGGCAGAAGGUUAUGGUUCCUAUCCGUUUCCGUCCACCCUUCAUGUUGCUAGUUCUGUUACCAUCAAACUAAGUGAUGGUAACUAUCUCUUCUGGAAAACCCAGUUCGAAUCGUUGCUUCGGUGUCAGAAGCUUCUUGGUUUUGUCAAUGGGUCAGUCCCGAAACCCUCCGCUGUUCUAGUCACUAGCACCAACAAUCAUGCUGUCGAAGUUCCAAAUCCAUCGUAUGAAGACUGGAUCUGCACCGACGAGCUCAUUAAGUCCUGGAUCUUUGGUACACUCACUGAAGAGGUGCUCGGUCUUGUUCAUGCCUUACCCACCUCUCAAGAUGUCUGGUUGUCCCUUGCCGGCAAUUUUAACAAGAGUUCUGUUGCCCGGGAAUUUGAUCUCCGUCGUCAUCUUCAACUCCUUAACAUCAAAGGUCAAACCUUUACUGAUUACUGUCAUGAGUUCCGGGCCGUCUGUGAUAAUCUGAGUUCCAUUGGGAAACCGGUCGAUGAAAACAUGAAGAUUUUCACGUUUCUUAAUGGGCUGGGCCGUGAAUAUGACCCAAUCUCAACGGUCCUUCAGAGCUCAAUGUCUCGUACUCCUGCUCCUACCUUCAACGAUGUUGUUUUGGAGAUUUCCGGCUACGAUUCGAAGCUCCAGUCGUACGAGACUCCCUCCGAUGUCUCCCUGCAUCUUGCCUUCCACACUCACCGUGGGGGGUGCUCUGGCUCGGGACUGCGCGGUCGUGGUAACAAUCGAGGUCGCGGUGGCUACUCCACUCGUGGCCGCGGUUUCUCUCAACAGGUGAGCUCAUCUGGCUGGACUCAAUCUGGUAGUUCUUCAUCUCGUCCUGUAUGUCAAAUUUGUGGUCGUAUUGGGCAUGUUGCUCUCAAAUGUUGGAAUCGUUUUGACAAUUCCUAUCAAAGUGAUGAUGUUCCCCAAUCUCUUGCUGCUCUUCGUUUGUCUGAUCCAAGUGGUAAGGAAUGGGUUACUUACUGA